GUUGAGCACCGGCUCAGUAGACUUAUCCUCCCCUAACAUUGAAGAGGUCUUCUUGCUCAAGUCAUCUUCUCCCGGUUGUGCCAGAAGCUGUACAACUUCCUACCUCAGCAACCUCAUGCGUCAGCCUCCCGGCGCGCAGACUAACGCCGCGUCGGCGCGUGUUGUCGUGACCUCAGGGGCGGACAACAGCGUGACCCGUCGCUCUGACUCGUCACCCGUCUACCUCCACCCAGCCUUUCAUCUACCUCCGUCUACUACCUCAGACAUCCGGAAAAAAAAUAGCCCCUCGAUGUGUUUAUUCUCCCCUGCCGGCAACUCUAGCCCGCAAGGACUACCUCGACACAACAAUGCAAAGACCUACCCUGCCAGGGCCUUACUGAAACAGUCUCUGGCACCAUUCCAUGGCAGCAUCGCAAGCAGCAGCAGCAGCUCUAACACCCGAC